UCAUUGGAAACAGCAAGAGAACUUGAGGUACCGUGAAUUUUCUGUUCUUUUUUUCAUUUGAAUUUUUGCCUACUUAAACAAGAGGGUUAGAAUUGGGGUUCAUCUGGAUCUCGUUUUGCAUCUGUGAGAGUUUCGAGUCUGUGUGCUUUCUUUGUGUUGAUUUGCUCAGUGAAGCGUUUUUCAUUUCACGUGGAUGUUAUUUUCGUUUUUUGGCCUCAUGCUAUUUUUGUGAAAUUCGUUUUCCUGUAACUGGAGAGGGUGUCUGGAUCGGGGCUAAAAUAUUGGCUAAUUAAGGAGUUUCACUCGUUUUCUCAGCUUCCUUGAUUCGUGUGAAAGUGAAAAAUGUUUGAUUUGGAAGGGUAUUUUUGUCAUUUAGCUAGCGGGUUGUGUUCCUGGGAGGGAUUAUAGCACGGUCUGUUGCGUGUGUUCUUCCCUUUCCAUACGGCUUGUGGAGUGCUCAAAAGACAGAAUUGACCCUUUACCGUUCUGUGUUUGACUCUUGCGUCUACUCUGGAUUGAAUUAUGUAUCUGUAGCUUACCAUUAAUACUGCAGCCUUUCCUGAAAGUUCAGAUAUUUUUCCAGAAGUAGGGAAGCUCCUUAUACAUUAUUUGGCUUAGUGCUCUCUAUUUGGAGUGUACAAUGGGAAACAAUGAGGAAGAAAAAUCUACCAAGACUGAAAAGCCUUCUUCACCUGCAACAAUGGAUCAGGCCAAUCAGACCAACCAGCCCAAUAUUCAUGUGUAUCCUGAUUGGGCAGCCAUGCAGGCAUAUUAUGGGCAAAGAGUCACCAUGCCACCAUACUACAACUCGGCUGUGGCUUCUGGUCACGCUCCUCACCCAUACAUGUGGGGUCCACCACAGGUACCUAUGAUGCCACCUUAUGGGCCUCCUUAUGCAGCAAUUUAUUCACACGGAGGGGUUUACCCUGCAGUUCCUAUCGGGCCACAUACACAUAGUCAAGGAGUUCCGUCUUCACCUGCUGCUGUGACUCCUUUAAGCAUAGAGACGCCACCCAAAUCAUCAGGAAAUAAUGAUCAGGGUUUAAUGAAGAAAUUGAAGGAGUUUGAUGGACUUGCUAUGUCAAUAGGCAAUGGCCAUGCUGAAAGUGCAGAGCGUGGAGGUGAAAACAGGCUGUCACCGAGUGUGGAUACUGAGGGUUCCAGUGAUGGAAGUGAUGACAACACUUCAGGGGCUAAUCAAACAAGAAGGAAAAGAAGCCGUGGGGGAACACCAACCACUGGUAUGACUCUGUUCUUCACCAAGUAUCACAUCUUGAUGAAUAAUAGAGUUGACCUGGGAUCACGAUUAUUCUUCUGUUGUCAUCACUCUACACAUGCAGAUGGAGAAGGGAAAACUGAGAUACAAAGCAGUCCCAUUUCCAAAGAUACUGCAGCUUCUAAUAAGAUCGUGGCAGUUGCCCCCGCCAGUGUUGCAGGAACAAUAGUUGGACCUGUAGUUUCUUCAGGUAUGACCACCGUGCUGGAGCUGCGAAAUCCUUCCAGUGUUCAUUCUAAAGCAAAUACCACAAGUGCACCACAACCUUCUGUAUUGCCUGCAGAAACUUGGUUACAGAAUGAGCGUGAGCUGAAACGAGAGAGGCGGAAACAAUCUAACCGAGAAUCUGCUAGAAGGUCCAGACUAAGGAAGCAGGCUGAAACUGAAGAACUGGCACGAAAAGUUGAUUCCUUGAAUUCUGAGAAUGGGACACUGAAAUCAGAAAUAAAUCGACUGACUGAAAGUUCCGAAAAAAUGAGAGUGGAAAAUGCAACAUUAAGGGAAAAACUUAAAAUUGCUCGACUGGGACAAACACAAGAGAUAACUUUGAACAUAAUUGACAGCGAGAGGGCUACACCUGUAAGCACAGAAAACUUACUAUCUAGAGUUAAUAAUAAUUCUAGUUCCAACGAUAGAACUAUGGAGGAUGAGAAUGAUUUUUGUGAAAAUAAACCAAACUCUGGUGCAAAGCUGCAUCAACUACUGGACACAAGUCCUAGAGCUGAUGCUGUGGCAGCUGGUUGAUACAGAAAGCCAGUAAUUGUACUGGCUGAUCAGGUGGUUUUGGCAUAUUACAAGCCCAAAAUUACCGCUAACAGUUUCCAGAGGGAUGGAUCAGCUGAAUUUUAGUAUCUAAAUCCAUCAAAAUCAGAACUAAUUCAUUGCUUGUCAGUUUACCUAGGACAAAAUCUCUGUUACUAUUAGAUUUGACAAAAGUGGAUGACUAAGUUUGUAAAAUGAACAAGAGAACUAGAGAUUUCAGUUUGGAGAGGGUUGUUGAACCGAUACAUAAUUGUGUUUGUAUCAUUAACUAUUGGUUUGGAGUUCCCAAUGGUAUCUGAUAUAAAGUUAUUUUGGCUUA